AGACGAGAGAAGACGGUUUACUUCCGCUGUGCUAAUUUUACGAAUGACUCCAACUUCCCCAUAAUUGUACCGGUUAAAGCUACCAGCCACCGCCUUUAAUUUUGCCCAAAUGGAUUAUACAGCGACUCAAAGUGGGUUCAGACAGCGUAAGUUACAACCUAACAUACGUGCACGGAAUAGCUCAAUGGAGGUGCCAGAUGCUAGUCAGCUGUUUGAAGAUACAAGUGGAGCUGGCCAGGGGUCGCAAACGGGUUACAAAGCGCAGACUGGAGAUCAGGCUGCAGGAUUCCCUGGCUUUUCUGAUCCCAUGUCUAACCUGGCUAUGGCUUACGGCAGCUCACUGGCAACACAGGGAAAGGAGCUGAUGGACAAGAAUCUAGAUAGGUUCAUUCCCAUUUCCAAGCUUAAAUACUACUUUGCUGUGGACACGGUUUAUGUGGGAAAGAAACUUGGACUUCUCAUUUUCCCCUACAUGCAUGAGAACUGGGAGGUGAGCUACCAACAGGACAUCCCUGUGGCUCCACGCUUUGAUGUCAAUGCUCCUGAUCUGUACAUUCCAACUAUGGGCUUUAUCACGUACAUUUUGGUGGCUGGGCUUGCUCUUGGCACACAGAACAAAUUCUCUCCAGAGCUGCUGGGAGUGCAGGCUAGCUCAGCGUUUGUGUGGCUAGUUAUGGAGGUGCUAGCUGUUCUUUUGUCCCUGUACUUGGUAACUGUAAACACUGACCUUACAACUAUAGACCUGCUGGCUUUUGCUGGUUACAAAUAUGUUGGGAUGAUUGUUGGUGUAGUCUCAGGCCUGUUGUUUGGGCGGCCAGCAUACUAUCUUUCUUUACUCUGGUGCUGUGCUGCUAUAUUUGUAUUCAUGAUCCGUACUCUGCGCUUGAAGCUUUUAUCAGAGGCCGCGGCAGAGGGCAAACUGGUGCGAGGAACCAGAAACCAGCUGAGGAUGUACCUAACUAUGGCCAUAGCUGCAGCACAACCUGUCUUCAUGUACUUUCUCACCUUCCACCUGGUCAGAUAAAACCUGAGACUUAUAUUUGCACUUUUACAUGGUUAAAAGUGUUACGAUGAACUGGCGGCCCAACUACAACAAACCUCCUCAAAGGAAUUACCACAGAUCCUGAGUUGUCUGGAAAACUCUUCACUACUCCAGGACCCAAGGACUUCUGAUCUCAAUGUUUCUGUGUAUGUAGAAAACUGCACGCACAAGAUGAUUAGACAAAGUGGGACACAUUUCUGUUUUGGCAUAGCACCGUGUCUCUAGUAUUGACUUGUCUUAUUAUGUAGCAAGAGCUUUACAUGUUUUCUAUACUGUGUAAUUAAUGUUGUUUUUUUUAAGAUUAUUUAAGUAUUUUUGUUUGUAUAUCUGGUAAGUACUUCAACUGAGCCUACUAGAGAAGCACAUGAACCUCAAAGGCCACAGUUCAAAGUUAUAGAUGAUAAGACGGGGCUAAUUCUGGUCGGAUUUUACCAUUUCUAUACGUUUUAUGUGCUUUUUGUCUGAAAUACAGUCUUGCCAUUAUAGGACACAGUGGCACUUGAAUAGGAAAUUAUUGGAUUGAAAUCAAGAAAGGGAAAGCAGUUGGUUGAACUUGUUGAAACGGUUUUAUUAAGAUAUGCAACAGCUUUCAAGUACUAUUGAAGCACAGGGUUUUGUUUAAGUAGUGCAAUAUUUGCUCCAUAUUUCAAUACAUGUGCAAAUGCCAACUGCUUGAAUGAAGAUUUAAACUGUUUUUCCAUUGUCUUAACAAGUUUACUCUCAGCAAACAUUUUUCUAAAUGUGUUUAAAUUAAAAUGCACUGAAGUGACUGUUCUCAGAAAUAAAAUAUUUGAGACUAAGAUAUAUUUUUGUGUAUUUUUAUUUUUAUCUUCACCACUAGGCAUUGUCUUCUGUGUUCAAUAAUAGAUUCAAAAAACCUCCCCAGCCAUACAUUUAAGCUAUUAUUUACUAUUCAUAAACAUUCAAACUAUCUGUUCUUGUUAUUUGGAGUCCUUUAUUUCUGUGCCACUGUUAGAAUAACCUUAACAAAUAUAAUCUCACCAUACAUCUGCCCCCUGCUUUCCUCUUUAUAUUUUUGUAAUCUAAAUACAAAAACUAAAACUUUUCAGAUAUUGUAAAAAAGAAAAAUAACACACACACUUAUGGUACUUGUUAUUUGAAUACAUGAUGCAGAACAUGUCAAGUAAUUCAUUAACCAAGUGAUAUUUUACACUGUAUACUACUGUCAGUACUAACAACGGUAUAUCUAUAGAAACAGGAUGAAGAAAUGACAUAGCAGUACUUCAACACUAAACAAUAAAUAUCUCUUGCAUGCAUAAGAAGGAAGAUACAUGUUUUGUUAUGUGGACUAUUCUUUCCAAAAGCCUCUGUUGUGAUUGAUGGCCUGAAUGAGGCGGGCCUUCAUGGUUCUUUCCACAGGGUAUCUCUGGUACAGGGGCAGCUGCAGCAGGGUGUGGCAGGUGAGGGCUCCUGGCAAAUGAUAUUCUGUGCCUUCUGGCAUCAGGGUGAUGGUCAUCCUUAUGCUCUUCAUCCCCAUAAAGGGCACACGACUGUAACCUGUUACGAACA